UUCGCGGCGUCCUAACGCUCGUACUACACAUUUUUAUAUUCUUUUAUCUAAAUUCUUUUAUGUUCAAAAACCUUAACCUUAGAUCCUUAGAUUUAACCUUUAAUUUCACCGUCAUCCUAAUCCAAAAUCCUCUAAUAUAUCAAUCAAUCCCCCAAAUCCAUGAUAUUACCCUUUGUUACCAAAGUCCUCCGUUAAAUCAUCUCUAAAACCAAUAUAUCCUCCGAAAUUUCUUUUAACUCCGAUUCACCAAACCAAGGGAAUAACUCCUUAUUUUCCCGAAUUCCCGAUAUCACCUUUUUCCCCAACAUCUCUGAUAUACCCCUUAAUCACUCCCAAUCCUCUGGUUUUACUAAUCCCCGCAAAUCCCCUGAUAUUCAUUUCAAUUACAUUAUUUUCCGAUAACACCCCAAAUUCCUGAAAUCACCAUAUCCUUUUUACUUUUCGAAGACCCAGAUAUCUCCCUUUAUCCCCAACUUGCUAUAACCCUUAAUCACUCCCAAAUUCUCCAAUUUCACUAAUCCGCUAAUAUCCCUGUUAAUAGCUCUAAAUAACGAAUGUCGUUUGAACCUAUAUCCACUGACAUCAUUCUUUAUAUCACUCUUUAUCCUCCUCUCAAAUACACUCUUUAUCCUCCCAAACAUCCGAAAACAUUUUUCCCCAACCCCCAAUUCCCAGGUCACAUUUUCCCAAAAUUCCAGCUAUUUCCCUUUGACACAAAAAACUACUAUAUAUCACUCUUUAGUUUCUAAAUCCUCCGUUAUCACCUUUUAACCCCUAAAACCCCGAUUUGACUCCUCAUAAUUUACAAAUCCAUAGAUAUUAUUCUUUAUUCUCGCAGAAACCAUUCUUCUAUCCCCCGAUACUUAUUUUAUUCCAAUAAUACACUGAUAUCCUCCAACAUUCCUUGAUAUAUUUCAUAAAUAUAUUUUAAUAGCUUGAUCCCUCGAUACCCCUCAAUUGAACGAUUCUAACACCAGUUCCCAUAUAUUAUUUUAAUCCGCCCCAACACACGAUAUAUUCACCAAAUCGCUAAAUCAUUCUUAAUCUCACCAAAUCCUGGACCUCCCUUUUGGAUUCCAAAUCCCUCGUUGUCUAUUCUCACCUUCUUUAAAAGCUUUGAAAAACUUAUUGUAGUUGUUAGUUACCUUUCGGCUUUACGGACCCCGUCGCUUCUUAUGCCGCUUCCCUGCUCUUGUUUUCUCACCCUUUCGUCCGACUCCUUUCUCUCGAAUUCAGGAUUGUCUCUCACUUAAACUGUUAAUUUUUCACCCUCACUUUUUCUAAAUCCUCGUUAUUUUUGAACACCUCAAAUUCUCGAAGCAUUUAUUAUACCCCACUUUCUCUGUUUUAAUUUUAUUCCCUCAAAUCUCCGAUAUAAACCUUUUCCAAUUGGAAGCACUGCAUUCAUUUCUCUGCUGUCCAUAAUCGCCUGAUAUCAUUUAUUCUAAAAUACACCUAUAUCGCACUUUUGUUUUCUUUAUCUUUGGUAUCAGGACAAAAUCAUACGUCAUUCAUCUUUUUACUCCAAAUCACGCAUAGCACUGUUAAUCAAAUCGCAAUUUGAUCUACCUUCCUUUGAGCUAACUCCGAUCUUUUUUCGCCUUUUUAUGUAACUAAUCUCUUUCUCUUUUCCUUCCUCUGUUUUCUCGACCAAAAACAAAACUGAUCUACUGUUGGAUGAUCUUACAACAGAACAGAUCCUUUUCUGGUUCUUUUUUCACCUGAUCUCUUCCACCUUUUUCCGUCUUAAUUUGCUUUUAUUCUUUUUCUCAUCGAAAAUAAACUCGGAUAAAUGACUCUAUCCCUGGAAUUCGUGUUUAUGUUAUCACCUGUGUACUCUUCCGCUUUUUGUUCCCCAAAAACAGAAUUACCACUAUUUUCCCCAAAAGCACCCAAUAUAACUCUUUAUCGCUUUAAAUACGCGUCAUCU